AUGUUAUCGAAAGGACGUGCAGAUGACGCAGACGGUGACUACACCUACUCAAGCGACGAGAGCAGCCAGGGCAAGCGGCGGAAGAGGACAAACGGCAAAUGGGCAGCCAACAGCGAGUUCCGGCUAAUCCCAUGCCAGGCCUUUGCUGGUGGUGCGCAGCCAUUUGCGGUACGCGUCAGUGCGCGGGCGCUGGCGCUGAUGGACUUGCACGCGCAUCUGAUGUAUACUGAGAUCAUCGGGUUGCUGGGUGGCCGGUUCUCGGCGGACACCAGGCGCCUGGACGUCGACAUUGCGUUCCCAUGCCACAGCACCAGCACCACGACCGAAUGCGAGAUGGACCCAGCGUCUGAGGUCGAGGCGCGCCGGGUAUUUGCUGCACGUGGCAUGCAGGUGGUUGGCUGGUUCCACUCGCACCCGACCUUCGAGGCAACACCCUUCCUGUCGCCACCCGGCGGCUCGGGUCCUCACGGCGUGAGCGACAUCAACGUUUUCUAUGUCGAGCCACCAAGCGAGCCACCGGCUGACGGCGUGCCAUUUGCAAUGGAGUACGAGCUGCUAGGCGAGAUGACGCGUGUCAUCGAGGAGCACUCGUGCCUGGACAACCGCGCUGAUUUGGCCAAGCGCUUCCGCCGCAAAGAGAGCAUGACAGUGCUGGAGAAGCUGACCCUGUCGAUGCAGUCGCAUUGGAGCCCCUCUGUGCGUCCGCAGUGGGGUGACGCUGUCGCCGAGCAGCUUUUGCCACUGCUCCAGACGUACUUUUGCAAGGGCAGCACUGCAAGCAGCAGCAGCAGCAGCAGUGACCACCAUCCUCCCCAUUCCAGCGCCAACAAUGCGGGCGCGGCUUGUGUGAGUCACAUUUGA